GAUAACCUAGAGUGAUAAUAACGCUUUCAGGUUGCAAUUCUGUAAACAUUUGGCUUUAUGUAAUUAGCAGAAAUUGUCUGGUCAUUGCGGAACGGAAAUUUUCCAGUGACGUCCGGCCGGGCGUUUUACUUAUUCACAUUUUGGGCCAUUUUUGCAGUGAUCGGUUGCGGAUUUGGUGCGAUUUCGACGUUCGACGUAGGCUGGUAUAAGUUUCCGACUGUGCAUAGAUACAUCGGUAUUCCGACAGGGCGCAACAAAAAUAUUGGUGCGACUAGUGUUCCUUUGGUGCGGCGCUAAUGGUGUAGGAGUUUCUAGUAUAUUCCAUUUCAGAUUCUAGAAUAACUGUCAACAUAUAAAUGGUCUACGCGGUUGUGAUCCGCUUAUUUCGUUGUUGAUUGUGCGACCAUAAAGAAGUGAUCGGGUGGGCAUCGAGCGAAAAGUGUUUUGUAUCAGAAUUGCGAGUGAGUUUGGAGACAGAUAGACACACGUAAAUCCGGAGCAGCUCUGCGAAAAUGGGGAAAGACUACUAUAAAGUAUUGGGCCUAACCAAGAGCGCCACCGAUGAGGAGAUCAAGAAGGCGUACCGCAAAUUGGCUUUAAAAUUUCAUCCAGACAAAAAUAAAACAGCUGGUGCAGAAGAGAAAUUCAAGGAAGUCGCGGAGGCCUACGAGGUCCUCUCUGACAAGAAAAAGAGGGAUAUUUAUGAUGCUCAUGGAGAGGAAGGGCUCAAGGGAGGAAUCCCUGGUGGCACUGGAAUGGGACCGAACAACUUCAGAUACACCUUCCAUGGUGAUCCUAGGGCGACAUUCGCCCAGUUCUUUGGUAACACCACCCCCUUUGAUACAUUCUUCAGUAACAGUAGGAUGUUUGGAUUUGGUGAUGAUGAUGAUAUGGAUACGGAUCCUUUUGGCUUGAACAUUGGAGGACCAGCAAGAGGCAGUGGUGCAUUCAGAAGUCAUUCCUUCAACUUCCACAGCAACCCAAAUAGGAAUAAGGAUAAGCUGCAAGAUCCUCCAAUCGAGCAUGACCUGUAUGUGAAUCUGGAAGACAUCACGAAUGGCUGUACAAAGAAGAUGAGGAUUAGCAGGAAGGUGCUCCAACCAGACAACACAACACGGAAAGAGGAUAAGCUGCUCACAAUAAAUGUGAAACCAGGCUGGAAGGCAGGCACCAAAAUCACAUUCCAGAGGGAAGGUGAUCAGUGCAGGAACAAAAUCCCUGCAGACAUUGUCUUCAUUAUUAGGGAUAAACCGCAUCCACAUUUCAAGAGGGAGGGCAGUGACAUUAGAUACACAGCCAAAGUGACUUUGAAGCAGGCUUUGUGUGGUUGUACUAUUGAGAUACCAACAAUGGUGGGCACGAAAGUUCCUAUAGAUUUCACCAAUGAAAUCAUCAAGCCUAAUAUGGUGAAACGCUUCACAGGAUUUGGUUUGCCAAUACCCAAAGAGCCCUCCCACAAGGGUGAUCUUAUUGUCAACUUCGACAUCAAGUUCCCUGAGCGCUUGUCAACAUCUGCAAAGGACAUCUUAUAUGACACACUUCCCAACUAAACACAUACACCAACAACAUGCAUCAAGAUAAUUACAUAUUUAAAGCAAGAGUGAAAGUAUGUACGUUUUAGUACAGAGAAACAUGCGUGAGUGUUUUGUAUUUUUACGGAUGAAAAAAAUAACAGUUUUUUUUUUAAAUAUAACGUUGAGCAGCAUUCAAAAGAAAAUGGAGAGAAAAACAUAUAUAUAUAUAUUGUAAUACAGAAUUCAGCUUAUAUUAAUGUAAAUAUAUAUAACGGAAAAGAGGAGAGGUUGCGUGUAUAUGUCUAUCAUAGGCGGUUUUUGAACUAUUAGUUAAGGUUUAAUCUUUGUUAUGAAAUUAAUAUUUUAUUUGUAUAUAUUAGCUUUAGUAAUAGAUUAAUGAUUAUUUUCGAGCCCGCCGUGCAAAAAAAAAAUAUAAAUUUAUUAAUAAAUAAAAUCGAUGCUGCAUAUUUGUUAUUCCGAGGAAGUCGGCACCACAAGUAAAAUUUAGUUGGAUCUGCUGGAUGAUCUUCUUCAGUGGUGUCCCUUUAACUUGAUGAAUAUGCACGCAAUAUUUAUUUCGUUCUCGAUUCUUUGGUGGCUUAUAUACAUUUUGAUUUAAGUAUGUU